CUGACUCCGAAGAGAAAACUAUGGCAGAAGAAGAAGCUCCAACUCCCGCCGCCGCUCCGGCGAAGUCCCCGGCGAAGGCCGCCAAGAAGAAGGCGACACCCAAACCGAAGAAGGCCGGACCGAGCCUCCGUGACCUCAUCGUCGAGGCCGUGUCCGCGUCCAAGGAGCGCAGCGGCGUGUCUCUGGCCGCCCUGAAGAAGGCUCUGGUCGCCGGAGGCUACGAUGUGGAGAAGAACAAGACCCGCGUCAAGGUCGCCAUCAAGGCGCUCGUGGCCAAGGAGACCCUGGUCCAGACCAAGGGAACCGGGGCGUCCGGCUCCUUCAAGAUGAACAAGAAGGUCGAGCCCAAGGCCAAGAAGCCGGUGAAGAAGGCCGCUCCCAAAGCGAAGAAGCCCGCAGCCGCCAAGAAGCCCAAGGCCGCGGCCAAGAAGCCGGCAGCCGCCAAGAAGUCCCCGAAGAAGGCGAAGAAACCCGCCGCGGCCAAGAAGAGCCCCAAGAAGGUGGCCAAGAGCCCCAAGAAGGCCGCGAAGAGCCCGAAGAAGAGCCCGAAGAAGGCCGCGAAGAAGGCCGCACCUGCCGCCAAGAAAGUCCCCGCGAAGAAGGCGGCGGCGGCCAAACCCAAAGCGAAGAAGACCGCAGCGAAGAAGAAGUGAGCGGCGACCGGUCCGAUAACAACGGCUCUUUUCAGAGCCACACACCUUCUCUGAGACAAACAUAUUCAUACAUUCAAUAUUUUGUUUUAUGGAAUAUUCUUAUUGUUUUAUAUAAUAUGACGCCGUUAUCUUAAAACCUUUAUUCAUAUAAUAAGAUGCGUAGAUUUAUAUGAUGGAGGAAGAAACAAACUGAUUCAAAUUCUAACGAAGUAAUUUCUCUAUUCAAUAUAUAGUCACAAUCUGACAAAUGUUACCAGUAAUCAUCACACUUCAAACCUC